CGAAUUUCAUCAUCUGAAGUAGUGAAGUCACACAGAUGUGUCUGAGUUUGUUAUCUUUAUUGUUUUUACCAGACACUUCUUUUCUGAUAUGUACUUAUGUUUAUUUUUGAUUUUCUUCAAAAUUUUGUAAAAGAGACAAGAAUUGCGUAAAGAAACCAAAGUGCAAAGAAACAGUAGCUCUAAGACAAAGGAAAGUAUUCGAGCAUUGCACAUAUUAUUGAAAUACAAGUGUACAAUUUUGACAGUUGUCAAUAGAGUCAAGUUAUUUAAGAACAAAAAGAAAACAAAUACUUGGGCGAAUAGACAUGGAUGAUGAAGAUCAAUAUCAGUCAGGUUAUGGUGGCUGUAGUGGUCCAUUUCCACAAGACUACAGCUAUUCAGCUUUUGAUGGAGAAGCAGAUGGAUUAUCCGGUCCGUUAACAGGCGAUCAAAAACCCAGAAUACUUUUAAUGGGUCUCAGAAGGAGUGGAAAGUCUUCAAUUCAAAAAGUUGUUUUUCACAAAAUGUCUCCUAACGAGACAUUAUUCUUGGAGAGCACGAAUAAAAUUAUCAAGGAUGACAUUUGUAAUUCGAGUUUUGUACAAUUUCAAAUUUGGGAUUUUCCAGGUCAAAUUGAUUUUUUUGAACCAACUUUUGAUAGUGACAUGAUAUUUGGUGGUUGUGGGGCAUUAGUUUUUGUUAUCGACGCUCAGGAUGACUACAUGGAAGCUCUAAAUAAAUUGCAUCUAACGGUUACAAAAGCCUAUAAAGUUAAUCAGGCCAUUAAAUUCGAAGUGUUUAUUCACAAAGUCGAUGGCUUAUCUGAUGAUUAUAAAAUGGAAACGCAAAGAGAUAUUCACACUAGAGCCAAUGAUGAUUUAGUCGACUCAGGUUGUGAUCAGAUUCACUUGAGUUUUCAUUUAACUUCAAUCUAUGACCACAGUAUAUUUGAGGCAUUUAGUAAAGUUGUACAGAAAUUAAUUCCUCAAUUGCCCGCUUUAGAGAAUUUAUUAAAUAUUCUUAUUUCUAACUCGGCAAUCGAGAAGGCUUUUUUGUUCGAUGUGGUUUCAAAGAUUUACAUUGCAACUGACAGUUCGCCAGUCGAUAUGCAAAGUUAUGAACUAUGUUGCGACAUGAUUGACGUUGUAAUUGACGUUUCUUGUAUAUAUGGUGUAAGAGAAGAUCUAGAAGCAGCCGCAUUUGACGCUCAAAGUUCAAGUUUAAUAAAACUAAAUAACGGUACAAUUCUCUAUUUGCGAGAAGUGAAUAAAUUUUUAGCUCUUGUCUGUAUAUUGCGAGAAGACAGUUUCGAGCGACAAGGUGUGAUAGAUUACAACUUCCUAUGCUUCAGAAAUGGAAUUCAACAGGUAUUUGAGUUGCGAAAUAAAUCAUUAGCCGCUGUUGGCGCAAAUAAUCAUUCGACAUCUCCAAUUAGCAUAAGUGAAUCGACGAAUAUGCCUUCUACUGUCUCGCAAAGUGGGCAAAAUGGAACGAUCGUGCUAGCUCAAAGUUAAGCAAACUAACUUUGUCUCAUUCCACACAUUCAAUUAUUUCAAUGAAAAUAUUUAAGUUUUGAAUAUUUUAAAUAUCAAAUAUUCAAGAUUCAUAUAAAGUCUAAUACAUUGUUUCUUUAAUUCAGUAAUAUUUUUACUUUUAAUCUGGAGCAAAUAAAUAUCAUGUAUAUUUAAUUUUAAUUGAAUAAUAGUAUUUAUGAAUGUUAUCUAUGAAAUUUUUAUGCAGUCGAAAAAAAAGAUAUUUAUUUCACUAACUGAAAUAUUACUAAUUAAACAAACUCUAUGUUCAUCUAUGUAAUUGGAAGAACUUUAACUGAUGGUUUAAAAAAAAAUACAAUCAGAAUAUUAAUGAAUGUAUAUAAUAUGUACAGGAUUUUCAAAAAAAUAUUUCUAGACCUGAAAAAUAUGUUGAAAUCAUGUUUUUUUUAGUGAUGAUAAGAGAAAUUAAAGUUGAGAACGUUCGGAACUUUUUGGAUGUUCUAUAAAUAAGUAUGCUAGUCGCAUGAAUGUAUUUACACAUGUAUUUAGAAUUACUCAAUUUUAAAGAUUAAUAUAAUAUAUAUUUUUGGAAAA